CGGAAGAUUCCAGCAGCAGCUAUGACUCAGAGCAACGGGGAGAACCCACAGAGGACCCGGAGGGGGCUCCACCAGAUCCGGGCUGGGAUCCAGUCCCGAUCACUGCUGGCUAAAAAGAGAGUGGAGAACAUCACAAAGAAUGAUGUGAAGGGAUUCUUCAUUAGAAAUGCCUUUGUCAUCUUAACCAUUGCAGCUGUCAUUAUUGGUAUAAUCCUGGGAUUUUCUCUGCGGCCUUAUAAAAUGUCUUACCGGGAAGUGAAGUUCUUCUCUUUUCCUGGAGAACUGCUGAUGAGAAUGCUUCAGAUGCUGGUGCUGCCCCUGCUGGUUUCCAGUCUCAUUACAGGCAUGGCUGCUCUGGACAGCCGUGCUUCUGGUAAAAUGGGUAUGAGGGCAGUGGUCUACUACACCACCACCACCAUCCUUGCUGUGUUCAUCGGUAUCGUCAUGGUGCUCAUUAUUCACCCUGGGAAAGGAUCGAAGGAUGAGUUCACCAAGCAGCAGCAGAUAGAGCAGGUCAGCCCUGCUGAUGCCUUCCUGGACCUUAUCAGAAACAUGUUUCCUCCUAACCUUGUGGAAGCUUGCACCAAACAGUUCAAGACGCAGUAUGCCAAGAGAGUAGUCCAUGUGAAGAUAACAGUGAAUGACACAAUAUUCACACUCAAUGGUAGCCAGGACAUAGCCCGGGAGGAGAUGAUCCCAGUGCCAGGGACGGUUAACGGAAUCAAUGCUCUUGGCCUGGUGGUGUUCUCCAUGUUCUUUGGUCUGAUCAUCGGGAGCAUGAGGGAACAGGGACAGCCCCUCAAGGACUUCUUCGACUGUCUCAAUGAAGCCAUCAUGAGGCUGGUUGCCAUAAUCAUGUGGUAUGCCCCUAUCGGUAUCUUGUUCCUGAUUGCCGGUAAGAUCGUGGAGAUGGAGGAUAUUACAGCCAUGGGUGGGCAGCUGGGAAUGUACACGGUGACAGUCAUUUGUGGGCUGCUCAUCCACGCCAUCAUUGUCCUGCCAACGCUCUACUUCGUCAUCACCAGGAAGAACCCCUUUGUUUUCAUCGCGGGGCUGUUGCAGGCACUCAUCACUGCCCUGGGAACUUCCUCCAGUUCUGCCACUUUGCCCAUCACUUUUAAAUGCCUGGAGGAAAACAACAAAGUGGACAAGCGUGUGACCCGUUUCGUGCUCCCCGUCGGCGCCACAAUUAACAUGGAUGGCACAGCUCUAUAUGAAGCCCUGGCAGCCAUCUUCAUCGCACAGGUCAAUAACUAUGACCUUAACUUUGGACAGAUUCUCACCAUCAGUAUCACUGCCACAGCAGCCAGUAUUGGAGCAGCUGGGAUCCCACAGGCAGGACUGGUUACCAUGGUGAUAGUUUUAACCUCGGUAGGCUUGCCCACUGAUGACAUCACGCUCAUCAUUGCCGUUGAUUGGUUCCUGUAAGUAUCGACUAUAUGACAUCUUAGAAAACUUCACUUUAAAUGGGAAAG